CUGACAGCCCAGAGCACACACACGACAGCCGCAGCCGCAGCCGCAGCAGCAGCGUCUCCCCUGUCCUGACACCACCGGGACUGCCUGUCCUCAGAGGCAGUGUUUACAGCAAUAAACCCUACCUGAGAAAGACCAACGACCAGCAGGCAAAAUGGUGAACUUCACUGUGGACCAGAUCCGUGCCAUCAUGGACAAAAAGUCCAACAUCAGGAACAUGUCUGUGAUCGCCCACGUGGAUCAUGGGAAGUCCACUCUGACCGACUCACUGGUGUGCAAGGCGGGUAUCAUCGCUUCGGCCCGUGCUGGAGAGACUCGUUUCACAGACACGCGUAAAGACGAGCAGGAGCGCUGCAUCACCAUCAAGUCAACGGCUAUCUCUCUGUACUACGAACUCGGAGAAAAUGAUCUGGCAUUUAUUAAGCAGUGCAAAGAUGGAAACGGCUUCCUCAUCAACCUGAUUGAUUCUCCAGGUCACGUCGACUUUUCAUCUGAGGUCACAGCUGCCCUCAGGGUAACAGACGGAGCCCUGGUGGUGGUGGACUGUGUCUCAGGUGUGUGUGUGCAGACGGAGACCGUACUGCGACAGGCCAUCGGUGAACGCAUCAAGCCAGUUCUGAUGAUGAAUAAGAUGGACCGGGCCUUGUUAGAGCUGCAGCUGGAACCAGAAGAACUGUACCAGACUUUCCAGCGCAUCGUGGAGACCGUCAACGUCAUCAUCUCCACCUAUGGAGAGGAUGAGGGAGGACCCAUGGGGAACAUCAUGGUCGACCCCAUUAAGGGAACUGUCGGGUUUGGCUCUGGUCUCCACGGUUGGGCGUUCACCUUGAAGCAGUUUGCUGAGAUGUACGUGGCUAAAUUCACUGCAAAAGGAGAAGCUAAGAUGUCACCAGAAGAAAGGUGCAAGAAGGUGGAAGACAUGAUGAAGAAACUGUGGGGAGACAAAUAUUUUGAUCCAGCUGGUGGAAAGUUCAGUAAAACUGCCACUGCUCCUGACGGCACCAAAUUUCCACGCACCUUCUGCCAACUUAUUUUGGUGCCUAUUUUUAAGGUGUUUGACGCUAUUAUGAAUUUCAAGAAGGAGGAGACAGCCACAUUAAUUCAGAAGCUGGAUGUGAAACUGGACGCAGAGGAUAAGGAAAAGGAAGGGAAGCCACUGCUGAAGGCUGUGAUGCGCCGCUGGCUCCCCGCUGGAGAGGCCCUCCUGCAGAUGAUCACCAUUCAUCUGCCCUCCCCCGUCACUGCACAGAGAUACCGCUGCGAGCUCCUAUACGAAGGUCCAGGAGAUGAUGAGGCUGCCAUGGGUAUUAAGAACUGUGAUCCCAAGGCUCCUCUCAUGAUGUACAUUUCCAAGAUGGUCCCAACUUCAGAUAAGGGUCGUUUCUAUGCCUUUGGCCGUGUGUUCUCUGGUAUCGUGGGCACAGGCAUGAAGGUACGCAUCAUGGGUCCAAACUUCACCCCUGGAAAGAAAGACGACCUCUACAUUAAACCCAUCCAGAGGACCAUUCUGAUGAUGGGUCGGUAUAUAGAGCCUAUCGAAGAUGUCCCAUGUGGCAACAUUGUGGGUCUUGUAGGAGUAGACCAGUUCCUGGUUAAGACAGGGACCAUUUCCACCUAUGAACAGGCCCACAACAUGAGGGUGAUGAAGUUCAGCGUCAGCCCUGUGGUCAGAGUUGCUGUGGAGGCCAAGAACCCCGCAGACCUGCCCAAGCUGGUGGAGGGCCUGAAGCGCCUGGCCAAGUCCGACCCCAUGGUACAGUGCAUCAUUGAGGAGUCUGGUGAGCACAUCAUCGCUGGAGCAGGAGAGCUACAUCUGGAGAUCUGCCUGAAGGACCUGGAGGAGGACCACGCCUGCAUUCCACUGAAGAAAUCAGACCCAGUCGUGUCUUACAGAGAGACAGUGAGUGAAGAGUCAGAUCAGAUGUGUUUAUCUAAGUCCCCCAACAAGCACAAUCGACUCUUCAUGAAGUCCCGUCCUUUCCCUGAUGGCUUGGCUGAGGAUAUCGACAAGGGAGACGUGGCCUCUCGGCAGGAGCUCAAAGCCCGUGCACGUUACCUCGCUGACAAGUUUGAGUGGGAGGUGACAGAAGCUAGGAAGAUCUGGUGCUUUGGUCCGGAUGGAACUGGACCCAACCUGCUGGUAGACAUAACAAAGGGGGUCCAGUACCUCAAUGAGAUCAAGGACAGUGUGGUGGCUGGGUUCCAGUGGGCAACCAAAGAGGGUGUGCUGUGUGAGGAGAACAUGCGUGGUAUUCGUUUUGACAUUCAUGACGUCACACUGCAUGCAGACGCCAUCCACCGUGGUGGAGGACAGAUUAUUCCAACAGCUCGUAGGGUCCUGUACGCCUGCCAGCUCACUUCUAAACCUCGACUCAUGGAGCCUGUUUACCUGGUGGAGAUACAGUGUCCAGAGGCAGUGGUUGGUGGGAUCUACGGCGUGUUGAAUAGGAAACGAGGUCACGUGUGUGAGGAAAACCAAGUGCCAGGCACUCCCAUGUUUGUAGUGAAGGCCUACCUGCCUGUCAACGAAUCAUUUGGUUUCACAGCUGACCUGCGCAGUAACACUGGAGGCCAGGCUUUCCCUCAGUGCGUGUUCGAUCACUGGCAGAUCCUCCCAGGAGACCCCUUUGACGCCGCUAGCAAACCCUUCAGUAUUGUCGGUGAUAUCAGGAAACGUAAAGGUCUGAAGGAGGGCAUCCCUAGUCUCGACAACUACCUGGACAAACUAUAAAUACCGACCCUGGAAAAAAUACCAAAUCAAUCUCUAAACCCUACCCUUUGGGCACUUUAAAAUCUUUGCACAGGCUUAAAGAUACAUUGCACAAAUUAUUUUGACUUUUCAGUGAGGGGCAGAAACAAAACUUCAGCUUCGGUUGUAGAGUAGUGGGAGCAACAGCACUUAUGUUUUCAUUUCACAGCUACAGUACACCAAGUGCCUAGGGCGAGGGUUUUGGGGAACAAUUGGAGUAAAGCAGUUGUAUUAUCAAUUUCCAGUUUCUUCCUUUUCUCCAUGUCAUCUGCCUGGACAGGCCUGUACAGUGCACUGUGAUAUAGCUGCAAUAAUGAGUAUUAAAAUGGAUCAUGGCCAGAUAAACCCGUGGCAAUCACAAAGUGUUACAGAAACUCAAACGCCCUGGAUUGGACCUUUGUUUAGUAGAUGUGACAAAUAAAAAUAGUAAAGCCAUCAUAA